AUGUCACAUGAAUUAAUUAUUGGUUGUAUUGGUAAACCAUCAGCAGGUAAGAGUAGUUUUUUAAAUGCAGCAACAGAUUCUACAGCAAAAGUUGGUAAUUAUCCAUUCACAACGAUUGAACCAAAUAUAGGAGUUGCAUAUUAUUUAACAGAAUGUCCAUGUAAAAAAUAUGAUAAAAGUUCAUUAUGUUCACCAAGAUAUGGAUCAUGUAAAGAUGGUAAUAGAAAUAUACCAGUGAAAAUGUUAGAUGUUGCAGGAUUAGUACCAGGUGCAUCAGAAGGUAAAGGAUUAGGAAAUCAAUUCCUCGAUGAUCUUCGUCAUGCUCAUGUACUCCUUCAUGUCGUUGAUGUAUCUGGUAAUACAAAUGAAAAAGGUGAAGAAACCACUGGUUAUGAUCCAAUAAAUGAUAUUCAAUGGUUAAAAGAAGAAAUUCAUUCUUGGAUUUUUAAUAAUCUUUGGAAAAGAUGGGGUAAUAUAAUUAGAAAACAAGCUUCAACAAAAAGUCCAGCAGAUUUAAUAUUACAAAAGAAAUUAUCAGGAUAUGGUACAAGAAUAUCAGUAGUUAGACAAUCAUUAGAGAAUAUAGAUUUAAGGGAACCAAUUAAUUUAUCAGUGUGGACAGAUGAUGAUGUUCAUAAAUUUGUAAAUUCAUUUUUAGAUGUUAGAUUUCCAACAGUUUUAGCAUUGAAUAAAGUUGAUCAAUCAACAUCAGAUUUAAAUAUCUCAAGAAUUUGUUCAAAAUAUCCAGACUAUUCAAUGAUACCAACCAGUGCAUUAGCUGAAUGUUUCUUACGUAAAAUGAAAUCUCAAGGAUUUAUAGAAUAUAAAGAAGGUGACGACAAUUUUAAAACCUAUGAUGAUUGUAGUGACAAUGAGAAAAUCAAUACAAAAUUAAAACAAUCUGAUGAUAAAUUAAAAGGUAGAUUAGAGAAACUCAGAGAUUUAGUAUUAUUUAGAUAUGGUUCAACUGGUAUUCAAACUGCAAUAAAAGAAGCUGUAGAAUUAAAGAAAUUCAUACCAGUUUAUCCUGUUAAAAAUUUAAAAAGUUUAUCAUGUGAUAAAUCUGGUGGUAGCAUACUUAGGGAUUGUAUGUUAGUACCACAAGGAACUCAAGUUAGAGAAUUUGCAGGUAUGUUACAUCCUGAUCUUGAUAAAUAUUAUUUAUAUGCUGAAGGUAUAACUGGUCAACGUUUAGGUGAAACUGAUGAAAUUACAUUAUCAAAUAAUAUUAUUAAAUUUACAACUGCUGCUAUUGAACAAUCAAAUAAUAAUAAUAGUAAUAAUAAUAAUAAUAAUGAUGAUUGA